CCUACUACCUGAAGUAGUCUCAGCCUGCUACUUCUCUGCCAUCUUGACUCCUCCCUGCUCACAGAAUUUAAAAGAAACAAGAACUUUCCUGCACAUUCAGAGAUCAGCAGCCUAUAGAAUAUAAGGUCAGAAUAUUCAAGGAACCACAACCAGUGACAUUAGACUUGGCCUUUUGGUUUGUUUUCCUUUCUAGACAUGGUGACUUUGCUACCUGACAUUUUCUCCAUCUUCGUAACAGAAUUUGUUCUAGGAAAUUUUGCCAAUAGCUUCAUAGUGGUGGUGAACUGCAUUGACUGGGUCAAGAGACAAAAGAUGUCCUCAGCUGAUCAAAUUCUCACGGCUCUGGCAAUCUCCAGAAUCGGUUUGCUCUGUGUAAUGUUAAUAAAUUGGUAUGUAGCUGUAUUGAAUCCAGAUUUAUUUAGAUUGGAAACAAGACUUCUGGUUAAUAUUGUGUGGACGGCAAACAAUCAUUUUAGUGUCUGGCUUGCUACUUGCCUCAGCAUAUUUUAUUUGUUCAAAAUAGCCAAUUUCUCUAGCUUCAUUUUUCUUCACCUCAAGUGGAGAGUUAAAAGUGUAAUUCUUGUGAUACUGUUGGGGUCUUUGUUCUUUUUGGUUUUUCAUGUUGUGGCGGGCAUAUAUGAGAAAAUGCUGAUGAAGGAAUAUGAAGGAAACAUCACUAGACAAUCCAGAUUGGUGAACAUUGCACGCCUUUCAAAUAUGACUGUAUUCAUGUUAGCAAACUUUGUGCCCUUUGCUAUAUCCCUGACAUCUUUUCUGCUGUUAAUCUUUUCCCUGUGGAAACAUCUCCAGAAGAUGCAAUCCGGUGGUAACAGAUGCCAAGAUCCCAGCACCAAGGUCCAUAUAAGAGCCAUGCAGACUGUGAUCUCCUUUCUCUUGCUAUUAGUAGGUUACUUCCUGACUCUAACUGUCACAAUCUGGACUUCUAAGUGGCUGCCGAACAAGUCAGUCCUCCUUUGCAAGGCUAUGGGAAUCUUGUAUCCUUUAAGCCACUCAUUUAUCCUGAUUUGGGGAAACAAGAAGCUGAGAGAGGCCUUUCUAUCAUUUCUGUGGCCGCUGAGGUACUGGCUGAAGGAAAGGAUGUAAGAGGAGCAUCAUGUCUUCCAGGAGAAAACAAGCUGAUGGCAUCUAUAACAUUUUAUACUUCCUACCUCUCUUUCUAAUGAGUAUAUAAUUGAGUAAUUUCCAAAGUUUUAUCUAGAAAAGUCUUUUACCUAGGCGUGUCACAAAAAGUAUAUGUGUGUGUAUUUAUGAAAAAUAUAAGAAAGAUUAUACCUUAGAAAGGUAA